AUGCAUAAACCAAUAACCAACCUUUUCUCUUCUCAACCUACUAAAGAUGAGAGAGUGGUUCAAGAAGAAAAAUCAAGUGAUGAAGGGAUCAUGGUGUCUUUUGCUGAUUUUCAGUUUAACCCAGACGAGGAUAAUGUGCCUGAUAACAUGAUCAUGUCAGGUAAACAAUUUAAAAACCUCAACAACAAAAUCAAUUCUCCUUUUCAAAUACAAGCAGAUAAUGGGGGAAGGAACUUCAAUACUGAGGUAGAGAUGGAGCACUUGUUGAAGUCUCAGGAGAAUCGUUUUAGAAGCUUAGUUGAAAGCCUUGAACAAAAACUGGUCGAAAGGAAAGUUGAUGUUAUUACAGAUGCUAUCACAAAGUUGGUCGAUUUUAAUACUUACUAUUCGACCAAGCUUGAAGUAGAAUCGGAGAAGGAUUCCCAGACUAAUAUCAAAUCAGAGCUUACUCCCAUCCUUGAGUUGGUUCUUCAAUUACCAACGAAUGCUCCACCUGCUAGGCAAGUGUCACAAGGGGGAGAUAAAGGAUGUGGAGGUGUUGGGUCUUCGAAGGAUUCUGAGAAAGGAGUUGUUGUUGGAAAAGUGAUUUCGAUUCAAAUGUCGACUUCACUUCCUAUCUCACUGACCACAACUUCAACAACAAGACCAUUAAGAAAAUGGAUCAUAAUAAACGAAGGAGUUAAAGGUUAA